AUGGCGUUCACCUUUGCCGUUUGCUACAUGCUCACCCUGGUGCUGUGCGCCUCCCUCAUCUUCUUUGUCAUCUGGCACAUCAUAGCCUUUGAUGAGCUGCGGACCGACUUUAAGAACCCCAUCGACCAGGGGAACCCAGCGCGGGCACGCGAGCGUUUAAAAAACAUCGAACGCAUCUGCUGCCUCCUGAGGAAGCUGGUGGUCCCAGAGUACUCCAUCCACGGCCUCUUCUGUCUGAUGUUUCUGUGUGCAGCGGAGUGGGUGACCCUGGGCCUCAACAUCCCCCUCCUCUUCUACCAGCUCUGGAGGUACUUCCACCGCCCCGCGGAUGGCUCUGAGGUCAUGUAUGAUGCAGUCUCCAACAUGAAUGCCGACAUCCUCAACUACUGCCAGAAGGAGUCCUGGUGCAAACUCGCCUUGUACCUGUUCUCCUUCUUCUAUUAUCUGUACAGUAUGGUUUAUACGCUGGUGAGUUUCUAAGGGGAAAGCCGGCCAGGGAGCGAGCCCAGAACGGACCGGACGCCUUGCACCCCCAGCCCUGCUCCUCGGCCGCAGUGGCCUCAGCCCUGAGGAGGGAAGGGGCACUGGUGCCCCCGGCCUCCUCUCCACCCCCCAAACUGCUGCUGCGGGGACCUCCCGCCUUCAGAGCCCACUCCCCUUGGACUAGGGCUGGGCAGAGCUCUAAAUAGGGGCAGGAGUUCCUCUGCCAGCCUGUGGGGCUG